AAACACGGCGAGGAUAAAGCAAGAUGGCGUCUGACGGUGAAGACGUUAUUGCAGUCGUCACAGUUCAGUGUUCUUAAUCUGUGCCUCCAUGUACACAUAUAUGUCCUUUAUUACACUCUAGUAAAUAGAGUAAACAUCGUUAAUAACUGUUUGCAUCCGGUUAUAUUAGUCUGAGCGCACUUUGAUGCUUCUCGAGCUAGCUUAGCCUGAUAGUUAGCUUAGCUUGUUAGCUGCUAACAAAGAGAGGCGGAAGUGAUCAAAACCCAUCACUAAGUAGAGAUCAAGUGUGAGCGUAAAGUGUUGUGAUUGUGUGAAAAUGUGCCAAAGAACCACAGCAGAGUACGAGGAGGAACUUUAUCCAACAAAAGAGGAGAAGGAGCGACAACAUGAAAAACAUCAAGUUGUGUUACACAGAACAGACAUCCAUCAGCUGAUUGGACACCAAGAAGAAUGUCUUCCUCAUCUGCAGGGGGACAGUUUCACUUUAGAGUAUCCACAGCCCUCACAUUUUAAAGGGAACAAGGAGGAUCCACAGCCCUCUUAUUUUAAUGCGGAAGGGGAGGGAGAGUGUCCUGUAGGGCAGGAGGAGGCUGAUGUCAGCAAGUUUCCACUGACUGUUGUCUCUGUGAAGACUGAAGAGCAUGAAGACAAACCACCUGAGUCCUCACAGCUUCAUCACAGUCCAAACCUAAAAGAAGAGCAUCUUCCCUAUGAGCAGGAGGAGGAACCACAGUCCCCCAACGUACAUGAGGAAGACGAGACGCCGCAGACCUGUAAUGUUAAACUGGCCCUUCACAUUAAAAAGGGAGAGGAGGACUCACUCACCCCCUACUUUAAAGAGGAAGAGGAGGACCAAGAGCCGCCGCACAUUAGAGAGGAAGAGGAGGAAGAGGGCAUCAGUCAGCCUAAAUGGUUGGAGGAGUUCCCAGUGACUGGUGUCCCUGUGAAGAGUGAAGAUGAUGAGGUGAAAGGUGAAAGUGAGGAGAGGGGAGGGGGGGAGCCUCCAAGCAGCAGCUCAACACAACACAUGACAACAGAAGCUGAUGGAGACCACUGUGGAGGAUCACAAGCAGACAAGCUCUUAGCUCCACUAUCAGAUAGUGAGGACACAACGUCACACUCUCCUGACACCGAUGAUGAAGACUCUAAAGAUGAUAAGACAUGUCACACUGACAACACUCACUUCACAUGUUCUCACUGUCACAAAACCUUUAAAUACUAUAGUCUUCUGAAAAGACACAUGAGAACACACACUGGAGAAAAACCUUUUUCUUGUUCACUCUGUAGUAAAGGUUUUACACAAAGUAUCCAUUUGAAAAGACACAUGAGAACACACACUGGGGAAAAACCUUUUUCUUGUUCAAUCUGUAGUAAAGGUUUUACACAAAGUAUCCAUUUGAAAAUACACAUGAGAACACACACUGGUGAAAAACAUUUUUCCUGUUUAAUCUGUGGUAAAGUUUUUACACAAAAUCAACAUUUGAAAGUACACACUAGAACACACACUGGUGAAAAACCUUUCAUCUGUUCAAUCUGUGGUAAAGGUUUUACAGAAAGUCGGAAUUUGAAAGUACACAUGAGAACACACACUGGUGAAUAAUAACAGUCCUGUUCAAUCUGCAACAGAAGCUUUUGUGACCGAUCAAACUUUGUAGCACACAUGAGAAGACACCCAGGAGAGAAAGUGUUGAGUUGCAGUGUGUGUGGUGAAAGAUUGUCUUCUAAGUACCAGUGUAAGAAACACAAGUGUGCUGGUGAGAACAGCAGCAGCAAAUGAAACUGCAGGAUUUGAAAUAAACUGUCCAGACUUUCA